AUGGAACCUAAGAAAAUUUGUAUGAGAGAGAAGCAUGAAUGUAAACUGUGUGGUAAAUCCUUCAGCCGGAACACUAAUCUUAUUCAGCAUCAAAGAAUACAUACUGGAGAGAAACCUUAUGAAUGCAAUGAAUGUGGAAAAGCUUUUAGUCAGAGCACUAAUCUUAUUCAACAUCAAAGAGUCCAUACUGGGGAGAAACCUUACAAGUGUAGCAAAUGUGAAAAAGCUUUUAGUCAUAGGUCAUCCCUUAGAAAUCAUGAGAGAAUUCAUACUGGAGAAAAACCCUAUCCUUGCAAUGAAUGUGGGAAGGCUUUCAGUCAUAUUUCAGCCCUUACUCAACAUCACAGAAUUCAUACUGGGAAGAAGCCAUAUGCUUGUAUUGAAUGUGGGAAAACCUUCAGCCGGAGCACACAUCUUAUUGAACAUCAGGGAAUUCAUUCUGGGGAAAAAUCCUACCAGUGUAAGAAAUGUCGGAAGGCUUUUUGCCACAGCACAUCACUAAUCCGACAUCAGAGAACUCACAUCGGAGAAAGACCCUAUAAAUGCACGGAAUGUGGAAAAGCCUUCGGUCAUACCCCAGCCUUCAUUCAACAUCAGAGAAUUCAUACUGGAGAGAAACCCUAUGAAUGUAAUGAAUGUGGAAAGGCCUUCAGUCGGAGCGCACAUCUUACUGAACACCAGAGAUCUCAUACUGGAGAGAAACCUUAUGUUUGUAAGGAAUGUGGAAAAACCUUCAGCAGAAGCACACACCUUACUGAACAUCUAAAAAUUCAUUCUGGUGAGAAGCCCUAUCUAUGUGAUCUAUGUCAAAAACUAUUUUGCUAUAGAACCUCACUAGUUCGACAUCAGAGAACUCAUACAGGAGAGAAACCCUACCAGUGUGAUGAAUGUGGGAAAUCUUUCAGUUUAAGUUCAGCCCUUACUAAACAUAAGCAACACACAGGGGAGAAACCUUAUAAAUGUAAUAAAUGUAGUGAUGUUUUCUGUCAUAAUACAUCUUUAUUUCGACAUCAAAGAACUCAUUUUAGAAAUGAAAUCCUAUCAGAGUAA